CUGUUCUUUCUUGCUAAGAAACCUUAACAAUGGCCAAUUCCAAGACUCUGGUCAUCUUGGCAAUAUUUUGCAUCCUCUUAAUGCAUGAGCUGAAGAGCAGUGCAGAAGCAGAACAAAUAGAUUGCAAGUUAAAAUGUGGAUACAGGUGCAGCAAGACAUCAAGGCAGAAGAUGUGCAUGAGGGCAUGCAACACUUGCUGUCAGAGGUGCAAUUGCGUGCCACCUGGCACUUCCGGGAACACACAUGUCUGCCCUUGCUAUGCCAAUAUGAAAACUCAUGGUGGCAAGCUCAAGUGCCCUUGAUUUUUAGUAUUUACUAUUAUUACAUAUUUAUAUUUACACAAAAUAAAUAAUUCAGUAAUUUCAGUACAUGCUGAAAUUCUCAAGUACAAAAUUGUAUUUAUGUGUAUGCUAUGAGGGUUAAUCUAUUCUCAUUUACAUGUUUCAGUCUA